AUAUGUAUAGAGAUAAUGAUUUGUUAAUCUGUGAGUUAGAAACUGAUACGAUUAGAAUUUAAAAGACGAGUGUUUAUUGUUUAUUUAUUCAGACAAAAAACAACAAGUAAAUUGUUGCAAAUACAAAAAAUUAAAAACAAAUGUUAACGUAAACGGGUUCAAUAGAAUUGGACGAUUUUUACAAUUAGUUUAUUUAACCCGUGUGUCCAGUGGCCAUUAUGAAAUGACUGGAAUUAAUUUAAAAGAAGACGAUUUUGACUACGGUCGAUCUUUUUUCCGACGUUAAAUCGUAAUCGGUGGAAUCCAGGAGAUGAACCGAAAUUUCUACGACCCGGGUCCUCGCAAGUGGGCCGGUGAAGAUCCCGGGCCCAACCGGACCGAGAAGCCUCUCAUCCCGACGAAAAGCGAACUUCAGGAGUUUGUGGAGAAUCUGAAAGGGCGCCAGGUCGAAGGUGAACGGAGCCGGCACAAGAACCACAUGCGAUGGGCAGAAUCGUCACCGUCCCGAAGGGAUGAAAGAAAAAGGCCUUCAGAAAUGAAUGAUCAAGAACCAGCUGAGAAAUAUUCUAGAUCCGUUAAUCUGAAUGAAAAGAUGGGUGCAAGUGAAAUAAAUUCAGCAAUGCGUUAUUCAAAUAUGAGGUAUGACCCCGAACACAUGAGGGAGAGGAAUACUAGAAUGGCCAACGCAGAAAUGACAAGGAACGUCGAUGCUUAUUCAAGACAAUCGAUGGAUGAAGGAAGACAAGUCAUGGCGUUAGACUCACCUCAGAGAAUGGCCACAAAUAUGCAGCAAAUGUCUCAAACAUUUCAGAGAUCAUUCGAACAUUUGUCGAGUGCUCAGCAAAGGACGAUGCCUCAAUCGAUGUCUUUGAUGGGCGAGGCAGAAUACCAAUUUAGAGAUAGAGCACCGAUGGACUUGCCGCUUUUAUCACAAAGGCAAACGCUGUACAGAAAAAAAUCCGAUGAUAGACUUAGACUAGAACAGCACGAUCUGGCUGUCAUUACAUCAGAAAUUCAGAAUAAUAUCGAAAGGCAAUGGCCUGGUCCGACUGAUGAUAAGCCAAAUAAUUAUUUUGUGAAAGAGAAAUCACCUCCGGUGAUUGACAGGAGCGAAUGGAAGAAAUGUACAAGAAUUCCAACCCCCCCACCGCCUCCAUCUCUUUCAGAUUAUAAGAAAAAAGAAGAUAAAUCUUCUUUUAAAGAGAAGCCUCCAAAUGAAACAAGACAAAACAAAAUAGAAGAUAAAGAAAGUGACUUUAUUUCUUCUCUAUUACACAACAAAGAUGUUAGUUUGAGCAGUCUUCUAGAAGCCGCAAUGGAAAGUACAGGUAGCAAAACGUACGUAAAUGGACCUCAGCACAAACAGAAGGAGGUUGUCAGGCUUUGUGAACAACUCGUUUCAAGGAUACGACGCCAGGGAACAUCUGGAGAAGGGGCAUUUCUUCCAUUCCCAGUGGAAAAAAUUUUCUACCGGAAAAAUUGCUGGUUUCCUGCAGGCCACCCAUCUCUGGAGUACACGACGGGCUUAUCCAACAGUAUAAAGGGAGCACGUGUCUGGCCUUCUGUUAGAAUGUUUGAACCUCCAAAUAAUAAAAAAGCUUCAAAACUCCUUACCGAAGGAAUUCAAUUGAACAAAAAUCUACCAGUUAUGUUGACUAAUGUUGAAAACAGGCCAAUAACAGUAUGUGAAGAAAAACUAAUAGAGAGUGCCCAAAAAAAACUUCAGAACAAGAGUGUGCAGAAUAAAUUUCAGCCGGAGAGUACACAGAGCAAAGUUCAGGUUGAGAGCUCCGAGAAAGAAAUGCAGCCAGAGAACGUGCAAUGUACAAUUCAACAAGAGAAUACACAGAAAAAUCUGCAACCAGGGAGCAUGCAGAGUAAAGCUCAGCAAGACAGUGCACUGAGGAAAAUUAAGCUAGAUACUGUGCUGAGGGAUAUUCUGGCAAAGCUUGCCUUGCUCAAGGAAUUACAGUCAGAAAACGAGCAGAGUCAGCAACAGCUAGAGAGCAUGCAGAAUAAAUCUCAGCCAGAAAGCGCGCCAAACAACUGUCAGCCUGAGAGCAUGCCUAGAGAAUCUGAGCCAGAGACCUUACAGAAAAAAAGGCAAGAUUUUCAGUCAGAGAUACUGCAGACAAAAGAGCAGCCAGAGAGUAUGCUGGGAGAAUUUCGAACAGAAAGUGAUCAGAGAAAAUUUCAGUUUAAGAACUUAAAGGCAAAUGAUCAGACUGAGAGCUUGCUGAGGGAAUUUGAGCCAGAGACUUCACACAAAAAAAGGAAAUCAGAGCGUGUGCAUCAAGAUUUUCAGACAGAGAGAUUGCAGACAAAAGAGCAACCAGAGAAUGUGCUGAAAGAAUUUCAAACAGAAAUUGGGGGGAGAAAGUUUCAAUUUAAGGACGAUCAGUCUGAGAGUAUGCAGAGAGAAUUUGAGCCAGAGUCCUUCCACAAAAAAAGGCAAUCAGAGCAUGUGCAUCAAGAUUUUAAGUCAGAGAGAUUGCAGAAAAAAGCGCAGCCAGAGAGUGUGCUGAAAGAAUUUAAACCAGAAAGUGAUCAGAGAAAAUUUCAGUCUAAGAACUUAAAGACAAAUGAUCAGACUGAGAGCUUGCUGAGGGAAUUUGAGCCAAAGACCUUCCACAAAAAAAAGAAAUUGGAGCAUGUGCAUCAAGAUUUUCAAUCAGAGAGAUUGCAGACAAAAGAGCAACCAAAGAAUGUGCUGAAAGAAUUUCAAACAGAAAUUGGGGGGAGAAAGUUUCAAUUUAAGGAAGAUCAGUCUGAGAGUAUGCAAAGGGAAUUUCAGCCAGAGACCUUACACAAAAAAAGGAAAUCAGAGCGUGUACAUCAAGAUUUUAAGUCAGAGAGAUUGCAGAAAAAAGAGCAGCCAGAGAGUGUGCUGAGAGAAUUUCAAACAGAAAGUGGGGGGAGAAAAUUUCACUUUAAGAACGAUCAGUCUGAGAGUAUGCAGAGGGAAUUUGAGCCAGAGACUUUACAGAAAAAAACGCAAUCGGACCAUGUGCAGCAAGAUUUUCAGUCAGAGAACUUGCAGACAAAACAACUGCCAGAGAGAGUCAAGGGAGACAUGCCACUUGAGAACAAUUUUAAAUCAGAAAGCUUACAGAUAACUGAUAAAUCAAAGAGCGUGCAGAGGGAAUCUCAGUCAGAGUGCACUCAGAAAGAAAUCCAAACAGACCAAGUGCAGCAGAGGGAAUUUCAGCCACAAAAUAUAUGUAUCAAUGAGAUAACACCUGAUAUUACUUAUUACUCGCAAUCAGUAUAUUUUUUUCCAACUAGUUUCUAUCCAGGAUAUAUGCCAUGGCACUCAGGAGCUACAAAUUUGCAUCCACCAGACACAGUUGAAUCUAAUUCGUCCAAUUCAAAACUUGUACCAACCUCUCAAUCCAUGCAAGAAAUGUAUUUUUGGCCUUAUUAUAAUGUCAACAAAACAGAGUUUCCUCAAUUUGAACAUUUAGGGGAAGGAACAAGUGGUUUGUGCAAUGAUUUUUCAUCAAAAGAAAAACAUUUUUCUAAAUUGCUAUCUUCUCUCCAAUGUACUACAAGGUUAAUUAUGCAAGCUCAAGGAAAUGUCUAUUCAAAAGAAAUAAUUGAAGACAUGAAUUCCAACAAGCCAGAAUGCGUAUACUUAUUAAUUAAUGAUAUUCUCUGUUUAAAAGAUGUUAGGGAAAAAUUGCGUGCUGCUCUCCCCGAGUCAAUUGAAUGUUUAGACUUGUUACAAGCUCUCCAUUCAGACAAACAUGACUUGUCUCAAUUCAAACUUUUCAAUUUUCUGAAAAACAAUUUCACACCAAGUGCGAAAUACUGUAACUUUCUAUUGGCCGAUCGUUUAUUUGAAUCUUGUGAAGAGUGCCAUCCGAAAAAUAAACUAAAUUCUGAUGAUAUAGGAAAUUCAUUAGACACCGAGCCUUCAGAGAGUCAAAAUUCUCAAGUAAUUAAUAGCAAUAAUGCUGAAGCAAAUGAUUGGGCUAUAUUUGCAAAAGACAGCGACAACAAAUUUAGAACCUAUAAUGCUGUAAAAAAUAGAACUAGAGAAAAAACUAGUCUACAUGAAAGAAAAAUUGCAAGUAAUGAACAACCCAAUCUGCUUUGUAGCACAGAAACAUCAAGCAGUUCAAGAAUAGAAAAUAAGAAACAUCAUGAUGAAAGUGGUUAUAAUUACGAGAAUGAUAGAGAACAGGAGAAUAGGGACAAACAUGAUGCAUAUACGAGCCAAUGGGAUCCACUUAGAGAAAAAAUAAACCGAGAAAAAAAUUUACUGUAUAAACGUAGGCCUUCUAAUUCUACAAAAAAAUUAUCAACAGAAAUUGAUCUUAGCAAAUACGACAAAAACAAUAAAAUGUUAAAACACAUUAGCAAACCAAAUUCUUCAGAAAGUAAACAAGAAGAUCUUGAAACUUUAAACAAAGACAAUUUUGAUUCAAUUCAGCAAGUUCCUAGAAAAAAUGAAAAAGUAUCGAAUCAUAAGGAUAGAAAGGAUUUUCCAGCCAGUACAAGUUGGGGUGAGCCAUUAAAAACGGAUUUUGGUAAAAGCUUUGAUACAGUUCCAACUGAAAAAUAUGUUUCAAGAAAAGAAGGAGAAAAUGAUUUAAAAGUCAGGGACGAGAGAACAAAAAACCAUCAAGUUAAUGAUAAACUUGUUACAAAAAUUCAGUUUACAAACAAAAAAGCUGCUUCUGAGACCUCAAAUGAGAGUAGGGCACAAGAUGAAAUUAAAUUAAAAGAUGCAACAAAUUCUAAAGACAAGGAUACUAAAGUGGCCACUGGAAUUCAUUCAAGUCGAUACAAAGACCCUUCAGAUUUUAAAAGCCGAAUCAGAGCGGAGCAAAUAAAAAUUAAAGAAUUGAACGAUAUUAUUAAAAGGCUUGAGACAAAUGAUAAAACUGUCGAUUCAAAAUACCUAUUGAAAGGGGCCAUGCUUUGUGAAAAAAAUACUGAAACCGCCGGUGAAGUUCGAAUAGUUGUACGACAAGAGAGUAUCGGAGAAUUUUGUCAUAUAAUUCAUACGACAGGAGCUAGCCACAUACCGUAUGAACAAUCUAUUGCACUUUUCAAAAAGCAUUUCACUUCAUUUGAUCGGGCAAAAGAAGUAAUGAAGAAAGUUAUACAUAAUUGUAGUGUGUGUUUUAAAAACUGAAUUUUGUUUCUUCAGCAUUAAGUAAAUAAUUUACAUUUCUUGUGAUUUCACAUAGUAAGAUAUUAAUUUAUCUGUUCAAUUUGUUUUAAUUUAAAAUUAUUAGUUGAAAUGCAUACUAGACAAAAGUACAGUUACCUGAAUUAAUACGCUUGCAAGAUUUACUCAUUUGUUUUUCUAUGUAUAGUUACUUCUUGUGAUCUCACAAAGUUUUAUUUAUUUGUAUUCCAUUUAAAAUACUUUUUGUUUAUACUAGUCAAUUUACAAUACAUUUACUAAAUUGUUUAAAAUAGAGUUUUUAUUUUGUGUGUUAUGUAUUAUGCUUAAUUUUGCUUGAUAAAAGGCAGACAGUGCUGUACUACAAGCCAAUUUUGGUUAGUUUCUACAAAACCAUCACUUUUCAAUUGCAGCAUCCACAACAUAAAAUUAUUCUUUGUAUACCCACUUGUUCACAUUGUCUGUCUUGUCUGUCAACAAUUUUCAAGCGAAAAUAUUUUUUUUAAAGUUUUUAUUACAAUGUUUUUAUAGACAAUGUUUUAGAGACAUUUAUGACUUUUACAAUUGUAACGGCUCUAGUCAAGAUGUUCUAUGAAAAUAGAAGUGAUAUAUUUUAUGUAUCGAUUGAAUCUUUAAAAAAAUUGUGCGCUAUGUUUAUAAGUGUGUAAUUUCUUAUUAUAGAUCGAAUCUCAAGAGUUCGAUUUAAUACUUGAAGAAAAAUGAAAAAAUGGUGUUCAAAUAUUCGAACUUGUUUACAAACAUUUUGAUCAAAUUGUAUAAAUGUGUCUAUCAAAUAACAUUAAUUUGUGAUCAUCUAAGAACUUCAAAUCAAAGAAACAUUGAUUUUCAACUAGUUUUAAUGACACAGUAAUUGAAUCAUGUAAUAUGUUAUGUACACUCAAAUUAAUAUUUAUUUAAUGUAAUAAAAAUUUAUGCUUUA